AUGACUGUAUCACAGGCUGCUACCCCUGAGCCAGAAGUGGUCACCAAAACGGCCGCUCCUGUUAAAACUGUUGUUGAAAGACCCUCGGAGUUCACUGUUGAAAAUAAACUCACUGGUAGAGACCUUCUCAAGAGUGUUGGAUUUCCAAAGACUAUUGUUGCUCCUAUGGUAGAUCAGAGCGAGCUUGCUUGGAGACUGAUAUCUCGUAAAUACGGAGCUGAUCUAUGCUACACUCCUAUGUUCCAUGCCAGACUAUUUGGAGAAGAUAAGCGAUACCGUGAGGACCAGUUUGGUCCUUUAGAUGGAGAUGCUAAUGUCGACAGACCUCUUAUCGUCCAGUUCUGUGCAAAUGAUCCCGAAGAGUUAUUAAAGGCUGCCAAGUAUGUCGUUGGUAGAUGUGAUGCCGUUGAUCUCAACCUUGGUUGUCCUCAAGGAAUCGCAAAAAAAGGAAAAUACGGUGCUUUUUUAAUGGAAGAUUGGGAUCUCAUCUAUAGACUCAUCAAUAUCCUGCAUACUAAGUUAGAGAUUCCAGUGACUGCCAAGAUUCGAAUUUACGAAACCAAGGAAAAGACUCUUGAAUAUGCCAAAAUGGUCCUCAGUGCCGGAGCCCAGUUUCUCACUGUCCAUGGCAGAACCAGAGAGAUGAAGGGUCAGCUUACUGGCCUCGCUGAUUGGUCCUAUAUUCGUUAUGUUAGAGAUAACCUGCCACCAGAUACCGUCAUCUUUGCCAACGGCAAUGUUCUUUAUUCUGAGGAUAUUGAUAGAAGUUUAGAGGCCACUAAAGCCGAUGCUGUCAUGUCUGCCGAGAGUAACCUAUACAAUCCAGGAGUAUUCAAUGUGAAUAAGCCCGGAAUCGACGACCAAUUCCCACGUGUUGAUAAACUUCUUCGAGAGUAUUUUGAAACCGCGAAAUCCACCCCUGGCAAUGCUUCACAAACAUCUAUGAAAUCGCAUUUCUUCAAAGUCCUGCAAUCGUUCCUGCCUAAACAUCUCAACAUCCGUAAUGCUAUUGGUCCCAUCCGCAAGGGCCAGUACGACCAGUUUGAAGACGUUGUCAAGCAAGUUGAGGAGAUUGUCGAGGGAAUCUACGAAAAAGUGAAUAAAGGAGAACUGGAAGACAAAGUCAUUACACUCCCAGACGGGUACAAGUCAGUCCCAUACUGGCGAUGUCAGCCAUAUUUCCGAGUCGUUAACGGAGUCCUCAGCAACGGCAAACGCAAAGCAGACGUCGACCCAGAAGCCGCUCAACGAAAGAAAGAGGCCAAGCUCGAAAAAGAAAAGGCCGCUGCUGCCCUAGCUUCUCUGUCAUCUGACGGUCCUCAGCCAACUGGCGACGAGGCUCCUGAACCCUCAAACUAG